AUGUCCGACCCCACAGCAAAUGACCCUCCAGUUCAUUUGACAGAGAUCGAUGUCGACCUAGACGUUCAAGAGAUCCUGCUGGCCGCUUCUCAGCAUGAUAUCGCCAAGCUGCGCCGCCUCUGCCGAACACAAUCCUCACUGCCGGAUGCGGCAAAUGUGAAGGAUUCAGAGACAGGCUAUACCCCCCUUCACGCAGCCAUCGCAGCCUGCGAGCCCGACGAGGAGGAUACACCGAAUGGCGAUUCCUCAAACGCAGACAAGGAGCUGUUGGAAUCCGCCGCGGAGACCGUGAGAUUCUUGCUACAGGAAGGUGCUAUCUGGAAUGACCUCGACAACAAGAAUGAGACACCGGGAUGUUUGGCGAGACGCAUUGGUGCGUCGGAGUUGUACGAGUUGAUUGUGGACGCUGGUGUGCGUGCAGAGAUGCUGAUGAACCGGUUGGACGAGUAUGCGGCGCUUUCAGACGAUGACGAGGAAGAGGAAGAUGAAGAGGAGGAGGGCGAGGAGAAGGGGGACAAGGAGAUCGAUGAAACAUCCGAAGAGAAGGUGGAUGCGGAUGAGACAGCGCCCGAGCUUGUUGAUGUCGCGACGAGAGAAGCCGAAGGAUCCAACGUCACGUUGGUCAACCCAGAGGUAGACAACCGAGGCUAUCUUUCAUCCACACUCUCCAUCAACAAUGAUCGCAUCCUUGACUCUGAUCAAAAUGGAGUCAUGAUGCGAUGGGAAAGCGACAUCAUGCUCAAGUCCGCCAAGGCACUGCUGCCUCGUCCGGGUCUCAAGGUUCUCAACAUUGGACACGGAAUGGGUAUCGUCGAUGGCUUCUUCCAGGACCAGUCUCCCGCCGAGCAUCAUAUCGUGGAAGCGCACCCCUCCGUACUGGCAGAUAUGAAAGCCAAAGGGUGGGAUACCAAGCCUGGUGUGACCAUCCACCAGGGACGCUGGCAAGACGUCCUUCCCGGCCUCGUCGGCGAGGGAGUCACAUUUGAUGCGAUCUACUACGACACAUUUGCAGAGUCGUAUGCCGAUUUCCGGGAAUUCUUCUCAGAGCAAGUGAUUGGCUUGUUGGAACAGGAGGGCAAGUGGGGAUUUUUCAACGGCAUGGGUGCUGAUCGUCAAAUCUCCUAUGAUGUUUACCAAAAAGUGGCCGAAAUGGAUUUGUUCGAGGCCGGAUUCGACGUCGAGUGGGAGGAUAUCCCCGUGCCCAAACUUGAGGGUGAAUGGGACGGUGUGAGACGAGCCUACUGGGUGGUCGAUAACUAUCGAUUGCCGCUGUGCCGUUUUAUGGAUUAA